GGAUGGCGCGGAAGAGCACCCUUUCGGAAAUAAGCGGAGCCAGCUUGGGACUUGGAGCCUUGUCCCCAAACCUGUCCCCAAGCCCUGAGGGGUGCAGAGCCGGGACCCACGACACCCGGUCAAAGCCCUAGAGGGAGGCAGGGAAAACCCCCGCAGCAGCAUCCCUCGCCCUUGGCCCAGUUCUGCGGGUGAUGGCUGAGCUGCCCGAGCUGCCCCGUCCCCUGUCUGGCUCCUUCAUUAGUGGCAAACGUAAUGAGAGGCAGCAAGGAGACAGCACGUCUGGGAGCCCCUGCUCCCCAGCGCUGGAGGCACUGGGGGAACUGGAAAGGACUGGCAUGGCUCUUGUAGUUAAUGGCCACUUUGUCCCCAUUGAGUGUCUGGCUGUUCCAAUCUUUCUGGCAGAGUGACACUGGUGCUGCAGCCCUCCCGUUAGUACAGCUGGGGAAACUGAGGCACGGGGUGGUAAUGGGAGGAGGCUGGGGGGGGAGGAAGGGCAGGGAGUGGCUGCUCUCACCGGGGUCUCACCGUCCUCCCCUGGGCAGGGGGAUUAAGGCAUCGCUGCAGUCUGUGGGGAGAAAGUGGGAAGGAAAAGCAGCUGUGGGAAAGGAGGGGAUAGGAGGUGGAGGGUGGGCUCCUUCUGCCCAAAGCAGCCUCAUUUUGCUGCAUGCCCAAAGUUAUCGUGCCCAUUUAUUGGUGUGCCCUGUCCUGCUGUAUAUCACUGCUGUCCUGCUUGGCAGCAAAGAAAACAGAGAAAUGUGGCUCUGCUGUGCAAAGGUGCAGCCGGCGGGUGGGCGGCCGGGGGAUGGCGGGAGGCUGCAGCACCCACCGCACUGCAGGGAGGAGGGUCCCUUCUCCCCCUCCCCUCCCCGGUUCAUCCCGCGUCUCCCCUCUUGGCAGGACAGCUUGGUUUACCUGCUGAACCGCGAGCAGCACACGGUGGGCCAGAGGACGCAGGCAAGCAAGCCCAGCAUCAGCCUGUCGGCCCCUGACAUCUUGCCCCUGCACUGCACCAUCAGGAAGCUCCAACCUUCCCGGCAUCACUGGGAGGAGAAGCUGGUGCUGGAGCCCAUCGCCGGUGCCGGCAUCUCUGUCAACUUCGCCAAGGUGGCGCGGACGGUCGUGUUGCGGCACGGGGACCUCCUCUCCCUCGGUCUCUACUACCUGCUCCUCUACAAGGACCCCAUGAAGGCGCAGCCGCUGCCGGCACAGACCCUGCUGAGGCUGCGAGCCCUGCACCCCGCUGUCCCCGAGGGUCCCCCCGUCUGCGGGGCGUGCGGCAGCCUGCUCAAGGAGAGGGACCCUGCCACCAAAAAGCAGGGUCCCUUGCCCGCCGACGGCCCCAGGGUGCCCCGCAGAAAGCUGCUGCUGGAGUUUGAGCCGGCGGCUGAGGAUUUGCUCCUGCGGCGCAUCAUGACCCUGAUCGAACCGGGGGGGGAUGACCACAAGCUGACACCCGCCUUCCUGCUCUGUCUCUGCAUCCAGCACUCGGCCACCAGCUUCGAGCCGGGCGACUUCGGGCAGCUGCUGCUCAAAGCAGCCACAAUGAUCCAGAGGACAGUGUGGGAGCGGACGCGGGAGCUGGCUGAAAAGCAGUCCCAGCACCAGGACCCUGCUGCCUUGUCCCGCUUCACCAUCACAGACCUCCUCCCGGACCUGCAGCACAUCCUCUUCUGGAUGGCCAAUGCCAUCGAGGUCCUGUACUUCAUCCAGCAGAAAUCACCCACCUACAUCCAGAGCAUGGAGGAGGAGCUGGACGUCAGAGGCUCCAAGGAGUCUCUGUUCUCCUCGACCAUCACAGCCAGCGAGGAGGCGAUGACGGUGCUGGAGGAGGUGAUCAUGUACACCUUCCAACAGUGCGUCUACUACAUCUCUAAGUGUCUGUACGUGUCACUCCCUGCCCUGCUGGAGUGCAACCCCUUCCAGAACGAGUGCCGGGAGAGCUGGCGAGCAUCCCCGCCGCUGCCCGAGGAGCUCCGCAGGGUUGUGCUCAUCUACCAGGCGGUGCUGGACCUGCUCCGCCAGUACGAAGUGCACCCGGAGAUCACCUCUCAGAUGUUCGCCUACCUCUUCUUCUUCUCCAACACGCUGCUCUUCAACCAGCUCCUAGAUAAGGGCUCCUCUCUCAGCUGCUUCCACUGGUCACAGGGGGUGAAGCUGCGGGCCAGCGUGCGGCUGCUCCUGGAGUGGCUGCGUGGUGCUGGCUUUGAGCAGCUCGCCCAGCAGUUCUUCGCCAAACUUGCCAGUGUGGCCAACCUGCUGGCCAUGCCUGGCUCCCAGCUGAUGCAGAUGACCUGGCCGUCCCUGCGAGCUGAGUUCCCGGCGCUGAGCCCUGCGCAGCUCCACCGGGUGCUGAGCCAGUGCCAGGCGGUGAUGGAUGUGGGCUGCAUCACGGCGUGGCAGCCUGGUGAGGAGGAGAGCCCGGCCGCCUUCCAGCCCGAUGAGGUGCUGGAGUCCUUCGACAAUCACCCACCCAUCAUCCUGCCCAGUGGGGGCUUCAAAGUGGACCUGGAGGUGGAGGCACUGGAUGACAACAUCUACCGGCACCUCCUUUACAUCCGCCACUUCCUCUGGAGCCUGCAGAGCAAGAGCCCCUACGCCAGUGAGGGGCCAGGCUCAGCACCCCCAAAGAAAGAGGCAUGCACGACGCCAGAUGUCCUGGAGGUGAGCGAGAGCCUGGCUGCUGCCAUCACCCAGGAGGACUACUGUUCCUUGGGGGGCUGCGCCGAGCCAGAGGGGAGCCCCCCACUCUGCCUGGCCAACGGCUGCCCCUGCGAGCACCCCGCCAGCGAGCCCCAGCUCCAGGAGAAGCUCAAGCAGCUGCAGCUGGGCAGGGGUCUGGCCCCCAAGGCCAGCACUGCCCCCACAGACCCCUCCUGCCUGCUGACGCCACCUACCACCCCCCUGAAUUUCGACUCCGGGAGCCUGGAGUCCCCACAAGGCACCAGCAAAGGGCUGCAGGACCCCCGGCGGAAUGGGAUGAACGGCACCAAAGGCAGCACCCCUGAAGGAUGCUCACCGACUCCCUAUGACUACCCCACACCAGAGUCUUCCAGCCGCAGCUCUGCCACCGAUGACUUCUGCUACGUCUUCGUGGUGGAGCUAGAGAGAGGACCCAUCGGGCUGGGGAUGGGGCUGAUCGAUGGCUUGCACACUCUUCUCUGCUCCCCGGGCAUCUACAUCCGCACGCUGAUUGAGGACAGCCCCGCGGCCGCCGACGGCAGGCUCUCCAUUGGGGACCGCAUCCUGGCUGUCAACGGCACCAGUCUCAUCGGGGCAGACUACCAAAGUGCGGUGGACCUCAUCCGCUCCGGAGGGAAGAAGCUGCGGUUUCUGGUUGCCAAGUCGGACAUGGAAAUAGCCAAAAAAAUCAGUUCCAGCUCCUCUUCCUCCUAGUCCUUGUGGUAGGAGGGUCCUUCUGCAGCACCUUGUGGGUGCAGCUCUGGUUAAGGCUGACCUCGGGGAGCCUGGAGUGCAAGAGGGAGGACCAGGACUCCACAACUGCCCUCAAUUCGCUUUUUGACACCUUGCCCCUGCGCUGCAGCGGAUGAAAGGACAUGGACAUGCAAGGGUGGUGCACGCUUCCCCCACUGCAUGGGCUGGGAGCAUCAUUCCUGAUCCAUUGCCUGGCCUCACCUUAUACCAUGUGUCAUCCUUCUCAGGAGCUUUCCUGGUCCUUUGCUCCCUCUGGCAGGGGGUAGGAAGGGGAUGCUCCCCCCGAGGGGACUGCAGGCAGGCUCCUCUGUUCCUCCAUGCUGGCAGCCCCACAUGAUCUUUCAUG